AUGGCCUCAAGCACCCUUCCCGUUCCUCAAUGGGUUCAGCAGCUACAGUCACCUCCAACCGCAAAGUCCAAGGCCCCCGGAAUUGUUGACCCGCCAGGUUUCGCUGGCUCCGGUGGAAACAAGGUGCGCGCUUCCUGUCCCGCGCUGGCAGCGACCAAUCGCAAGCAAAAGGAUUCCAAAAUCGCGCCGCGAAAGCCCCCGACACACGAUGAAAUGGAUACUCUCAAGCUCAAAAAGGCCUGGGAAGUUGCUCUGGCGCCCGCCAAGGCUCUGCCCAUGACCCUCAUCAUGAUGUACAUGUCCGGCAACUCGCUGCAAAUAUUCAGCAUCAUGAUGGUCUUUAUGGCCUUCAAGAACCCCGUCAUGGGCCUCGUCAAUACCAACCAGGCCUUCGAGCGCUUCCAGACCGAGACCAACUCGGGAAAGAUUCUCCAGACCAAGCUUGUAUACGUGGCUAUGCAGCUCGGCGCCUUGGCAUUGGGUAUUUGGAAAAUAAACGGAAUGGGGCUUUUGCCAACGACGCGAUCAGAUUGGCUGAUGUGGGAGGCUCAAAGAGAGGCCAUAGAGCAUGCUAUCCCGGCUUUAUAA